AUGCCUGCUGGGUUCAGUUUCUCCGUUGGCGACUUUUUCGCCGUCCUCAAGCUUGUCGACACCGUGAUCGAUGCCCUUCGCGAAAGCCCCCACUCGAGCUCAUGGUUCCACGCUUUGAUCAAUGAGUUGUACGCGCUGGAGACAGCGCUUCUCCGAGUUAAGCGCUUACUUUCGGACAUUGAUGGAGUUGAAAAAGCUGCGUUGCAACAAGUCACAUCGCAGUGCCAGCGGACAAUUGGCGGGUUCUACGAGAAUGUAGUGCGAAAGAACCAGCCUCAUCUGCAACAAGGCUGUUCGAAUUCGCGGCUCAAGGAUGCGUGGGCGGCGGUAAAGUGGACCGUAUUCAGGAAAGAGGGAUUUGGAGGCAUUUCCUACGACAACAAGUUCACGCAAGCAGGACUUACAGAACAAAAGAAUCGCCGGCAGGAUGCAGGACUUCUCGUUUCAAGUCAUGAGAUUCCAAGCCAGGUUCAGCGCCAACAACCUAUAUACCUAAUUGACCCGUUUAAUAUGGAGACACCGUUCCAUCUCGAAUUUGUGAGAUCGUCAGAGGCGCUUCUAGCCGUACUUAAAGUCAAUCUCAAAAAGUCCGGCUGCGGUCCAGCUAUUAUUGACCGGGGCCAGUUUGUGAUUGAGGAGCUGGGAACACAAAGCUCAAUUGACCUCGCAGGUCCAUGGGAGACCUGCUUUUAUCCCGGACAAAGAGUUGCUAUGAGCAUGAUAUUCAAGCAGCAACAUCAAACAAAAUCUAGCAACUCUUCGUGUCCGAGAUGUGGCAAAGAUCAUGAGGAGUCCACCAGCAUGCAGAUCACAUGCACUACUUGCGGUACCGUUUUCCGUCGUAUUCAGGAGCUAAUCGAAAACACACAAACCGCGAGCCCUUCUAGUAGAGGGGUAGAUACCAGAGACACUCCUGAAAAUCCGGUUAUUGGGCUAUCCAGUACACCGAGAAAGAGGAAAAGAGGCGAAGAAGACGAAGACGAUGAUUUAUUAACAAACCUCAAAAAGUUCCGCCGAAUACAGCUUAUUAGUCGAUGUUUCAAAAAUCAAGAAGAUCUCCUACAGCAUGUGGUCAACGAGCAUCCAACCAUCCCGAACAGGAUUCCAUGCGGCUGGGACCCCCAUGAGAGUUUUGGGGUGAACGCAGAUACCGCACCCGAAUUCUAUAUCAGGGACCUAUUUGAUUGUAUGAAUAAUUAUUCGAAGGCAACACGAGUUAUUGGUGAAAAGCCCCAAAAAAGUCCUGUCAAUGGAGCUUUUAUUCCUUCAAUGACUGCUCAAUAUCUAGGAUAA